AUGGAAGAUCAAGACAAGGAUGAGGGGCCCGGCGUGCCCGACAUGACGAUGAUGCCGCUCAUCACAGAAGACGCUAUAAAUGAAAACCUCAAGCGGCGAUAUAAACACGACCUUAUAUAUACUUAUACAGGUUCAAUUCUUGUGGCCGUCAAUCCGUACAAGGAGCUGGGAUGUUAUAAUUUCGAGGAUAUGCAAACGUACCGUGGCAAAGCGUUUGGUGAUCUUUCUCCUCAUGUAUUCGCAUUGGCAGAAUCAGCGUACAGCUCCUUACAGAAUGGCGAGAAAAAUCAAUCAGUUGUGAUUUCGGGAGAGAGUGGUGCCGGGAAAACGGAAACAACAAAACUAAUUCUUCAGUACCUCUGCGCGGCUGGUGGACAGGCUUCGUGGGCCGAACAGCAGAUCCUCGAAGCCAACACUGUGUUAGAAGCGUUCGGAAACGCAAAGACAGUGCGAAAUGAUAAUUCAUCGCGUUUCGGCAAGUUUGUUGAAGUUCGACUCGACCAUCGUGGAGGUAUAAGAGGCGCAGUGUUGAGAGAUUUCCUUCUCGAACGAGCGAGGAUCACUGGCCCAGCGCCGAGAGAAACCAACUAUCAUGUCUUCUAUCAGUUGGUAGAGGGCGCAAGACAUAAUGCCGAACUCAAAAAUAUCCUUCGCCUCCGAGAUGGUGUCACCUUCAAGUACCUACGACCUGAAGAUGAAGAGGCAAGAAGUCGUGGUGGGGAACAGGGCAAGCUGGAGGCGUUACAACUGGCCCUAACAGUGCUCCAAGUGCCACCACACAUGUGCGAAGGCUUAUUCAAAGUAUUGGCUGCGGUAUUGUGGCUGGGAAAUAUACAGUUUCAGGAUAUAGACGGUGAACGUACCACACUGGCCCCAGAAGACGCAGAGGCUGUAGAUGCAGUAGCUAAUUUAUUAGGAUUGGCUCCGCCCACCGCACGACGAGUACUAUUGGAGAGACAGAUCAACGUGCGUGGGAACGUCACUGAUAUUCCGUUUAGAUUGCCCGAGGCAAGAGAAAACCGUCACGCUAUGGCCCGUGCUUUAUACUCUCGAACAUUUGCCUGGCUCGUCCGCCAUGUCAACAGCUGUUCUGCACCUGGAAGAGAGGCGAGACGAGCUUUAGGAGUUCUAGAUAUUUUCGGAUUUGAGAAUUUUGCGUCUAAUUCUCUUGAACAGCUAUGCAUCAACUAUGCGAAUGAGAAACUCCAUAUGUUCUUCAACAAUUAUGUGUUCGCGUUGGAGCAAGAAAUUUACCGUCAAGAAGGUAUAAUAUACAACCAAAUACCAUUCACGGACAAUGCUGCCUGCUUAGAAUUGCUCGAGAAACCACCAAGAAGUCUGCUUAAACUGCUCAGCGAACAAUGCCAUAUGCCUAAGGGCUCUGAUAGCGCAUACCUAACAAACAUUCAAGGUGAAUUCGGCGACCAUCAGACGUUCGUGAAAGGAUCCCGUAGAAAAUGGGAAGAGGAAUUCGGCGUACAACAUUAUGCGGGCACGGUUACGUACAGCGUACACGGGUUCGUCGAUAAGAAUCGAGAUACCCAACAGGACGCGUUCAUAGACCAUCUUAGUCGAUCCGCUAAUCCAUUUGUACGGGAAUUGGCGGAUUAUGUACAGGAUUUGGCACCGCCUGGACAGGACGUUUCUCUAUCGAGUCCCGGUUCAACAAGUACAACACAACGAGGCACUUCUAAAGGACGGCCAACUGUUGUCGACACCUUUAGAGCGCAAUUGCAGUCUUUAGUCGACAUGUUACAAGUUACUGAUGUUUGGUACGUCCGUUGUAUAAAGCCAAACGAAAACAAAGUGGCUGGUAAAUUCAAUGAAAAACUUGUGUUGGAACAACUCAGAUAUUUGGGCAUGAACGAGAUAGUACGGAUCCGAAGAGACGGGUAUCCGGUUCACUUACCAGCACCGCUGUUCCGAGCUCGGUACAGAUGUCUCUUACCCCAUCCGAGGCCCUUAGAACCGGAUAUAACAGACAUUAUGUUACUAGUAAAUGCACCGAAAGACGACUGGCAAAUUGGUCAUACUAAAAUAUUCAUGAGAAGUUCAGUACACGCACCUCUAGAAGCUAAAAGGACAGCGUUGCUUCAGUCUUCGGCGUUACUCAUUCAAAAGUGGUACAAAGGUUCAAUAUCGCGUCGUCAAUAUCUUCAAUGGCGGAAGGCAGCAAUCGUACUUCAAGCUGCGUGGCGAGGCUGGUACGAAAGAACUGUCUUUUUGCGACUUCGAAGAGCAGCUCUUACACUGCAGAGGCAUCUGAGAGGAGCCUUUGCGAGAGAAGUUGCUGCUGCUUUGAGGGAAAUGAAGAGAGUCAAUCAGGAGAUGAAAUUGAGGGAAGAGAGGAAUAGCCUUGCCGAAAAAGCAGAACAAGAGCGCGCUGAGUUGGAAAGUAUGGCGGAGAACCUACGCGGUAUAAAUUGUUCCGCUCGCGCAGAAUCCGUUAAUUUAGACAAUCUCUUCGAUUUCUUGGCGGAUGUACCAGCCCAAAGGGGCGCGCCGGAUGGACAACCAGCUCAUCAACCCACUAUUAAUGAGAUUGGAGACUCUAUUGAACGGCUGGCUGAUGAUUUGAAUCAGGAGUUGGAACACGUCCUAGCGGAAGAGAUGAGUGAACUAACUAAGCACCCAGACCAACGGAAGCCUGAUGGUGCACCAUCUGAUGCCUUUCCACCACCACCACCACCCCCAAACUCACUACCCUUACACUCUAUACUUCACCCGGCGACACCUGUCUCCAUGAAUGGUAUUGUCAAUGGGUCACCUGAGAAUAUGACGACCUCAAUGAACGGUCGCAUACCGAACGGCGAUGCGAUGUCAUCGUCUCUCAUUCUCCCACCACCUCCGGUAUCAGAGCCAUUGGUGGAAGGCUCUCCAGCCUUCCCGUCACCACCACAAUGCUCUUUACCAGAACCGGCCGGACCUCCGCCGCCGCCCCCUGUCAAAGAUACCACACCACCAGAACUGACAAAUGGCAUCGUGCCGAACGGAAAGCUUGCUGUUAUCAAAGACAAAGAACCUAUAUACGAAUCUGUUAUACCGAGACCAAAUGACACAGAACCCGUCAUGUUGCCCCCACCACCACCGAUUUAUCCACCAGAAAAUAAUGGCUUACCAAACAAAACGCCCGAAAUGGAACCGGAAGCUCCAUUACCGCCAUUGCCGAGUAAUCUUACGUCACCGGAACAAGUGGAAACACCUUCUGUUGCAAUGGAAUGUAUAAGUCCGCCUCCCAUGACUAAUGGAGAUGUAAGUAAUACCGAAAGAAGCGCUCGUAGAAAAGAACGAGUGGAACGUCGGUUACAUCAACUAGAAGCACCAGUUAGUACUGAUGCACCCGCAGAUACUGACUUGUCUGAAUUUGCCAAACUAUACUUCAACGACCAUCCGCGAUCACCUGAAGGUACAAUAAUGGCUACAUUAACUCGUAAAAGCAAGUCAAUGGAGCUGCUGACCAAAGAGGAAAUGAUAACAUACCACAAAGGCAAUAAUAUACCCACAUCGCAUAUACAACUUCAUGAUCCAGAUAGCGUGACAGCUGCGGUUAACAUUUUUAGAGAUCUCUGCCGUUACAUGAGAGGUGAGCUUACAUCUGAGAAAGAAACACAAGUGAUUCAAUCUAUCAUCUCCAAAGGCUUAGAACGCGAGGAACUCCGCGAUGAAAUACUUGUGCAGUGUGUCCGGCAGAUAACCGAAUGUCCUGUAGAGGAAUGGGCUGAACGCGUAUGGCUCAUUCUCUGCUUGUGCGCGGUUGCCUGGCAACCAAGUCGUGGACUAGCGCGAUACUACUGCGCAUGGCUUCGUAUGCGCGCGAAACCCGUGUUAGGUUCGCCCGGGGCUGGAUCUAUGACGUCAGUGGGAUCUGUGACGUCAAGCGCACGCGCAUCCCAUUGUGCGCAGUGGUGUUUGGAUAAUUGUAGGGGUGCAGCGCCAAGGCAGUUCCCGCCUAGCACAGUUGAAAUUGCUGCAAUGCGCCGACUCGGCACAAUAGUCUGCCGAUUCUUCUUCCUCGACGGCAGAACUAAGGCCAUCGACGUACAUCCUGCUGAUACGGCAGCAGCAGCCGCCGCAAGACUAGCCGAUAAGCUGGGAUUGCCGCCACAGGCGCGCGCCGGUUGGGCCGUAUAUCAGCAACGAGCUAGUACUGAAGAGCAUGUUAGAGCCACGCAGUAUCUGUAUGACGUUAUCGCUGCUUGGGAGAUGCAACAAGGACCUGGCGGUGGAUCAGCUGAUAAUCGUUUCGUGUUUAAAAGACGUCUAUUCCGAGGUGGGCGUGAACUUCCACAUGACCCGGUAGAAGUCGCUUUGCUGUAUGCCCAAGCUGUACAUAGUGUUGUCAAGAUGGACGAAUUUCCCGUAUCAGAAAAAGUGGCUUUACAAUUAGCGGGCUUACAAGCACAAGUGUCGUUAGGCGAACCUGCCGCUAGUCCACCUCCACCUCACACCCGGGCCUAUUAUUCGCAUCCCGAACAAUUCCUUCCACCACGAAUAGCUAAGACCAGGCCGGCACAUCAGUGGGCAACAAUAUUAGCCCAAGCUCACAGACAAUAUGGCGCGGGUAGAGCGGAGCUUACGGCAAAAGCUCUUUAUCUCUCUUGUGUCAUGCAGUACCCGUUGUACGGAGUCACUUUGUUCCCCGUCACCUAUAAAGGAUAUUGGGCACACGGUCCAAAUGUGUUACUUGGAGUUGGGUCAGAAGGGGUCGUUUUAGUUCGACCGGCUGAUAAAGUGGUUUUAGCGGAAUACCCAUAUUCAAACAUAGCAGCGAUACUCAUGGACCCUGUGGAUAACGGACUAACCCUCAGUCUGACGCAUCAUGGACAGCAUGACGGUCUUCGGUGUAUAGUCCUCGAAUGUGCCCAAAAACAAGAAGCGGCGUGGCUCAUGGCAGCAUACAGUCCCACCCUCAGUAAUAGCCUGUCAGAAGAACCACCGAGGCGUGCGGCCCCAGUAAGCGAGCGUACACGUCUAGCGGGCGCAUUACGAUCAGCGCGUCGUGCUCUUAUCGAUGGCGGGCUUUUAAGGCGACCACCGGAUUUGUCUGCUGGUGGUUUCUUGAGAAAUACACUUAGAAGGCUAAGCAAGCACCGAUUAGAACGAGUUAGACUCGAUAUAUCAGCGGAAUCUCAAGGCGAAAGCUACAAAAGCUUCUCAGCGGCAUAUUGGUGUUGGGCCCGAACAUUGCCUCAUUCGCUCACUAAACUUAAUGAGGCUGAGGAAGUUGCUGCUAUGCAGAUCUUCAAGGACAUAAUGAGCCACGCGGGUCUAACCAGCAACGAAGGCAGCAGCAGUAACCUCGCUAGUAACAGUAGCGUCAGCAGCCACGAGAGCGACAGUGACGAUAGAGUGGCACUCGCGCAGUCACUGCUCCAACGAUGUCUGCAGAAAGACACACUGCUUUGUGAACUGUACAUGCAACUUAUAAAACAGACAACAGACCAUCCAGAACCCAGUUCCCGUGUAUCAGCGCGACACUGGGCAUUGCUUUGCGCUGCGGUUGGAGCCGCUUUGCCCCCUGCGAAGCCUCUGCGGAGGUUGUUAUUAGCGCAUUUAAGAUACCGAGCUGCCGCCUUGCAUACCGGGGAAGAGGGAAAGUUUGCUAGACGGGCAGAACAGGUGGCACUAAGCAUAGCCCAAGUGCCGAGACGCGUAGCAGCACCUUCCAAAGAGGAGUUGCUAUGUGCGGCAGCGCGACGGCCAAUGCAUGUCCGAGUGUUGUUAUUGGAUGGAAAACAACAUGGCCUUGUAUUCGGACCGGCAGCUACUGCUGACCAUCUUGUGGCCAUGCUGAGAGAGAAAAUUGGACUUACUGAUACCGCUACUGGUUACGCCUUAUACGAGGUAUGCGCCAACUCGUCCCCAGCGGGUACGGGGGAGCGUGCAUUGGGCGGGGCCGAACGUGUUGGAGACGUACUCGCUCGAUGGGAGAAGGCCGGCGCAACUGCGGCCGCUUGCAGGCUAGUAUUCAAGAAGCGCCUGUUCCUUGGUGAACGGCCACUUCACAGUGCUUGUGGGGCGGAAUUAGAGUUAUUGUAUUACCAACUACUGCAUGCUGUGAGACACGACCGCCUGCCCAUUGAAACUGACGAAGCGGUAAUGGUAGCGGCACUCCACGCCCAAGUAGUGAAAGGCGAAUGUUCUGGAGGCGAGGAAUGUGCCGCGGCGGCAGUAGCGGUACUUCCAGCAAGAUUGGCUCCAGGGUUACCAGCUCCAGCUGUGCGAUUGCACCAUCUGGCUUUGCGGGGCACUCCGCCUCAUGCAGCUAUGCAAAGAGCUUUGACGUUGGCUGCUUCGUGGCCACUUGCUAGGGCCACGAUAUUCGAUGUUAUGCAAUCAUUUACAUCGAACUGGCCUCGAGCCCUCUGGCUAGCGGUAGAUGCACGUGGGUUGACAUUAUUACGACGCGGGUCUCGCGCUGCCUUGGUAUCUCACGACCACGACCAGUUACUGGCUGUGUCUCCAGCUCCAAGGGCUCUGUUACUCGUCACAAGGGCUGAUAAGAAACACGCCAAGCUGGUGCUUUCUACUGACCAGGCAUACCAGAUCGCGACACUGAUAAAGGACUACAUAGAAGCAGUGCGGGGCCCCGUGUGCCCCGCGGUGCCACAGCCAGGUGGCGCUCCAGCCGCAUCCUGA